AGUUCGCGUUGACUACUGCAGAUGAACUAUAGGAUUGUUUGCCCGAAUAAAAUUGACAUUAUUAAUGUAGAUUUAUACAAAUAGGGACUAUUUUACGUAAAUAUGACGGGGAUUUUGCCCUCUUACCAACGGUUUGUGAAUGGAGUGCCCGUCCCGUCCAUAUCACGGCGAUCAUUCCGCCUCCGAGAAAAAUAUUUGAUUGUUUCUGUACUUUUGACAUUCGCAAUCGUGUGGUUAGGAGCAUUAUUUUAUUUACCAGAGUUCAAAAGUUCCAAUAGUGUAAAUGACAGUGUUUAUAAAGUGUACAAACGCAUACAGAAAGCGGGACCUGAGUUGCUUAUGCCACCUCCUCUCGCGCAAAAUGAUGUUGGAGAAUUCCCCGUGGUGGGUAUUGUACGGCACGGUGAAGAAGGUGACGAUCCACACAUAGUGGAGGACAGAAUCCGCUUACGGGCUAAAAUAGACGAGGAUAUGGGCAUGAAAGUGUUGGAGAGACCACAGUUUGAUCUGGCUCCUUCAGUUUCGUCUUCUAAAGGACCAAGCAAACCCCCAGUGGACGCUAUUGAAGAGCCAGCAUUUGCUAAGAAGGAUAGUGAUAGGAAUGUAUUUCCUUCAGGACAUAAAGCAGAAGGGUCUGAUAAAUAUGAGGUGGUUGCAUUGGCGUCUGGUGUAGAUCCAGACAUCAAAAAUAAAUUGGAAACUGUGAAAGAGAUGAUGCGGCACGCGUGGAACAACUACAAACUGUAUGCAUGGGGCAAGAAUGAACUGAAACCUAUGUCAAAGCGCGCACAUCUAUCCAGCGUGUUCGGUGCCGGAGACCUGGGUGCUACUAUAGUUGAUGGACUUGACACACUCUACCUCAUGGGCCUCAUGGACGAGUUCCGAGAGGGUCGAGAUUGGAUUGCCGAACAUUUCCAUAUUAAUGAGAUCGAUUCAGAUUUGUCUGUAUUCGAAACCACAAUCCGGUUUGUUGGCGGGCUGCUGACCUGCUACGCCUUCACAGGCGACACUGUAUUCCGGGACAAAGCUGCCGAGGUGGCUGACGCACUAUUGCCCGCAUUCGAGUCGCCUACUGGACUACCACAUGCGCUCAUCAACCCGUCCACGAAGGCAAGCAGACAAUACCACUGGGCGGGACCUAACAGCAUACUGUCAGAAGUGGGCACUUUACACUUGGAGUUUACCUAUCUCAGUGAAGUCACCGGACGGGAUGUGUACAAGCAGAAAGUGGAUAGAAUCCGUGACGUCCUCAACAAUAUAGAGAAGCCGGGCGACUUGUAUCCCAACUUUAUCAACCCACGCACCGGACAGUGGGGACAGAGACAUGUAUCACUGGGAGCAUUGGGCGAUUCAUUCUACGAGUAUCUACUGAAAGCGUGGUUGUUAUCGAACCGCGAGGAUGAACAAGCCCGUGUCAUGUUUGACACGGCGAUGCAAGCUGCACUGGACAAAAUGCUCAGGGUGUCGCCGUCCGGGCUCUCGUACCUCGCGGAGCUGAAAUACGGCAGAGUAUUCGAAGAGAAGAUGGAUCAUCUGUCGUGCUUCGCUGGCGGUAUGUUCGCGUUGGCGUCCACUACGCUAGAGAACACAUUGUCCGAGAGGUACAUGGAUGUAGCACGCAAACUGACUCACACGUGCCACGAGAGUUAUGCGCGCUCCGAGACACGGCUCGGACCCGAGGCGUUCAGAUUUACGGGUGCAGUGGAGGCUCGCGCGCAAAAGAGCAACGAGAAGGUGUACUUAUUGAGGCCGGAGACCUUUGAGAGCUACUUCAUCAUGUGGCGGCUCACUAAGGAGCAGAAGUACCGGGACUGGGGCUGGGAGGCUGUACAGGCGCUAGAGAAGCAUUGUCGCGUGGAGGGCGGCUACACGGGCAUAGUCAACGUCUACCAUCAGAACCCUCAGGGAGACGACGUGCAACAGAGCUUCUUCCUCGCAGAAACACUCAAGUACUUAUACCUUCUAUUCGCUGAUGACUCACUGCUAUCCCUCGACGAGUGGGUACUCAACACCGAGGCACAUCCACUCCCAAUCAAGAACAAGAACCCAUUAUACAGAGCAGCUGACAAGUCCAUCGACAUUGGCAAUGAAGACAACCGGGUGUAAACACUAGUGAAUUAUUUCGUUGAGUUUACUGCAUAUUUAUUAAAUACACCUCUAAGGUACAGUUUGCGGCAAACAACUUGAACACAAGCCAAUUAAGAUUGCGCAGUAAAUACUUUUAUAUGUAGAACUGCAACUGCGGAUGCCACGCGGUGUUGAAGCGAUUUUAAUACCACUUGCUCAAGUUAUUUGUCAGUGCCGUUAAUGGUCGGAGAGAAUAUUGGA